ACCGGCUGUUGCAUUUUUUUUUCGGUUAUCGAUUGGUCUUGUCUGGAUCGUGAAGUCGCGGGGAGUUUGGACAAAAAUGGUGGAUAAAUAAAAUAGAGUUCACUAAGGCCGUUUAAAAAAAAGUAUCAAUUUACGGUCUGCUUAACAGGGUGUCGCUCCCAUAGACGCCAAUGCGAUAGCAGCUGGGUCUGGUCUGCUUUGUUCAUUGAUUGAACCAGAAAAAACAGCGACUGGAUUGGAAUCCUUCCUGCCCCCCUCAACAAAACGUGACUGGCUAGCAUAUGGACGCCGAUAAAUACAGAAACAAAUGGCUUUGAAUGGUUUUUAUUUUUGAAAACCUCUCGCUAACUGUCAAAGGUGACCGUUAGGAUCGCGUGACAAGAAUGGAGGAUAAUUUGGAGCGCGUGCUCCAUUGCGAUGACAAGGAGGAGUUGAGGCGGAAACUGGCCCUGCUACAGAGGGAGUACUCCAGGACAGUUCAGAGAUUACAGCGAGCUGAGCGUUCAGAUGCCGUGCGGAAGCAUGUGAGGAGUCGGAUCUCUGAGCAGAACCUCCAGGACCAGACAGACCCAGUCAGCACCUUUCCCAACCCAGCUCUACCUCCCCUCUCCCUUGGUAGCCCUGCUAGGACAGCCCCAGGUUCAGCCUCACCACCAGGCCCCGCCGGAGACUCGACUGUGGCGGCAUCGUGUCCGGUGGAAUCUGAGAACCCCAGGCGGAGGAGUCCGUCCAUCCGCUUCCUCCUCCCCGUCGAUGACUCUUGCCCUCGGACACCUGACCUUAACCCUCACAGACGAAGCCACUCCCUCCGGCUGAGGUCGCGGAGAAGCCGGCUGCGCUGGGAGUGGACGGGGAGGGUCCAGGGCGGCGAGGGGGCAGGGGGGAGGUACGACACGGAGACCAGCGAGGAUGGGCUGGAGCUGGAAGCACAAACAGAGAAAGAAGAGGACGGAGAGAAGAGAAAUAUGGAGGAAGAGAAGGAGGGUGUGAAGAAAGAGCUGGAGAGGGAGGAGAAUGAGAGGGAAAUUCCAGAUAAAGAGGCAAUGAAACAGAGCGAUGGAGAGGAGAGAGAAGAACAGAGGACAUAUGGACAGAAGGAGAUCUGUUCACCCCUUCCUUCUCUGAGGAGAGAUGGAGAGAAUGAGAGAGAAGAACAGAGGACAUAUGGGCAGAAGGAGAUCGGUUCACCCCUUCCUUCUCUGAGGAGAGAUGGAGAGGAGAGAGAAGAACAGAGGACAUAUGGGCAGAAGGAGAUCGGUUCACCCCUUCCUUCUCUGAGGAGAGAUGGAGAGGAGAGAGAACAGAGGACAUAUGGGCAGAAGGAGAUCGGUUCACCCCUUCUUUCUCUGAGGAGAGAUGGAGAGGAGAGAGAACAGAGGACAUAUGGGCAGAAGGAGAUCGGUUCACCCCUUCCUUCUCUGAGGAGAGAUGGAGAGAAUGAGAGCGAAGAGGGAAGUGAUUCAGUAGCUACGGGAGUCUCUGUGUUAGGGGCUGUUGGGUUGUGUAACACUGGGGGAGUCCUGGACUCGUGCACUCUGGUGGAAGGUCUGCCGUUCCCCGUAGAAUACUACAUCAGAACCACAAGACGCAUGGCCUCUUCACAGAGCCACAGAGGGCGUGCAGCAAACCCAGUGACGCUACUGGUCCCUCAUCUACAGUUGUGACAGACACUCCAGCAAGCAUUUAAAAGGCAGGCUGCUUAUGCACCCACAUCAAAACAUGCUCAAGACCUCACUGCAGCCCUUUCAUAUUACAUUGCAAAGGACAUGAUGCCAUUUUAUAAUGUUGAGAGGCCUGGCUUUCUGUGGCUGGUGAAGGUUGCUGUGCCCGACGACAAAGUGCCGUCACCAACAUUAUUUUCCAAGAUUGACAUCCCAAAACUGUACAACCAGGUUAAAGCUGAUGUUGGAAAACGUUUGGCUCAAGCCACAUGGUUUGCUGCAACUACUGACCUCUGGACCAGUGAAAGCAGGGGGUGUUUCAACCCUACAUCAGCUUCAGUAUCCAUUACCUCACCCCAGACUGGCACCUGGAAUCAAACUGCCUGGAAACACAGUUUUUCCCAGAAGAUCACUCGGCUCACAACAUCAGUUUUUUAUGAGAAUGUGUCCUGGACCACACCACCCGUGAUGUUCUGGUGGAAACGGAUACGGAGCCGUCCCUGACUAAGGAGAUGAAAAGGGUAAUGAGAGAAGACCUUAACAACACACACAGAGAAGGCAAAGAGACUCAUGCACAUGGCUUGUUUCAUUGGCCUCUGCUUCAAAAGGAGCUUGUUAGAUGAGCCUGAGGCUGCAAACGUUGACACUGACAGCUGUGUCCAGGAGGCCUUGAAGCUGACAGCUGUACAUGUCAGUGAAGAACCACAAAGCACCAGCAACGCCUCCACCACCACCACCCCCACAGCGGCAUCGGAGGGGAAAGGCCUGGCUGGGUUGCUGAGAAGGAUUACCUCAACAAGGCAGCAGAGAGGUGAAGAGGGUCAGAUUCCGACCUCCCCAGAAGACAG